AUGGCCAACCCCAGAGUCUUCUUCGAUAUCACCAUCGGCGGCGUUCCGACUGGUCGCAUCGAGAUGGAGCUCUAUGCUGACGUCACGCCCAAGACUGCUGAGAACUUCCGCUGUCUCUGCACUGGUGAGAAGGGUAUGGGCAAGUCCGGUAAGCUUCUUCACUUCAAGGGGUCGUCUUUCCACCGAGUGAUUCCCCAGUUUAUGUGCCAGGGUGGCGACUUUACUCGCGGAAACGGAACUGGUGGUGAGAGCAUCUACGGAGCCAAGUUUGCUGAUGAGAACUUUAUCAAGAAGCACUCUGGCCCUGGUGUGCUCUCUAUGGCUAAUGCCGGACCCAACACUAACGGAUCUCAGUUCUUCCUCUGCACUGAGAAGACCGCGUGGCUGGACGGCAAGCACGUGGUCUUCGGACAAGUCGUGCAGGGCAUGGAUGUAGUGAAGAAGAUCGAGGCCGUUGGCUCCCAGUCGGGUGCAACCAAGAAGCCCGUUGUUAUUGCUGACUGCGGCCAGCUGUAG